AUGGGAAAUAUAGCUAGUGAACACAAAAAAAAGCCAAUGACAUUACAAGAUUUAACUACAAAAAUAGGGGAAUAUAGGACUAUAAAUGAGGGUGAUCCUGAAAUGAUAGAAGAUCCUGAAUUCCCCAAAGAGAUGAUGCUUGAAGCUUUGAAUAAGAACAAUACAAUUGAAGGGAAUUGCGUACAAGGAACAUAUGUAUAUUAUCCAAAUAGAAGAAAACCUAAGAUGUGGAUAGGAAAUUAUAAAAUAUUAAACCCUGAAGAUAUCUUAUGCAAAAAUGUAGCAGAAAAAUUAGGAAUGACUGAAAUAGAAUGGAAAAACUAUAUCAAAAGAAAAAAUACAAUUCGGGAAGAAUCAGGAAAAACUGAAAAAUUUCCACAUUUCGAUUACUAUUCCCCUGAACAGUCAAGAGCAUUAAAAGAAAUAAUGAAGAAUAGUAAUAUUGAUUAUCCAUAUGUUGAAAAUGAAAAUUCAGGAUAUUAUAAUGAUAACGAAUAUUUUGUGAAUUCACCACAUUUUUACAAUAAUAACGAAAUGAAAAAUGAUUAUGAUUCUGAUAAAUAUUCUCAUAAUAAUGGGGUAAUAACAAAUGAUUAUUCAUUUGAUGAAAACAUAUAUUAUGAUAAGAAGAGUACAAAGGAUGAUAAGAUAUUCGACAACAGCUAUAUCAAUGAAUUAAAUGAUGAAAUUACAAAAAUUAGAGAAGAACAAGAAAAAAUGAUUAUUGAAGAAUGCAAAGAUAUAUAUGCAUAUUCUAAGUCUAAUACUGAUCAUAUAAUUAUUCCUCAAAAAAAUGGAUCUUUUUUAAUAGAAAAAAAAAAUUUAAUUGAAUAUAAUAAUAAAAAUAUGAUAGAAGAAUUAAUGAAUGAGAAAAAAAACAAAAUCAAUUCACAAGUUCGAGUUUUAAAAGAAAAAAAUAAAAAAAGAGAAUAUAAAAAUUUAUCAUCUAUGAGCACAAAAGGAAGUUUAGGUUUAGAUAAUUCUAAUAUUGAUAAAAAUAUAUUAAAUAAAAAUGUGUAUUUAAAUAGAACAUUAGUAAAAUAA